GUGGCUUGUAGUUUCAUUCGCCGGUUAUCUACGUCCGCUUCUGGUCGUCUUACUUCCUUCAGCUCUUCCAAGCAAACUCAAAAGAAACCAAUCAUCAUGGCAUCUUUCCUGAACAAGAAAUACAAGCUCGUCUCUUCCGAUAAAUUCGACGAAUACAUGCAAGAAUUGAAAAUUGGUUUCGUGAUGCGCAAGCUGGGAAACAGUGCGACACCGGUAGUAGAAUUGACCUGCGAAGGAGAUGUAUACACCUUCACCACCACCACGAUGCUCAAAACUACCACCAUCAAAUUUAAACUUGGCGAAGAAUUUGAGGAGGAACGAGGUGACGGAGCCAAAGUCAAGUCUAUCAUUACAUUGGAUGGAAACAAGAUGACGCACGUGAUGAAAGGUGAACCCGAAUCUACCAUCACCCGAGAAUUCAACGGCGAUGAACUGAAAGCCGUGUUGACCGUCAAUGAUGUGGUUUGCACGCGUAUCUACAAAGCUGAAUAGAAUGAAUUAAUUGUUCAUGGAAAAGCUUUCAGUUAAUUCCUAUUACUCUUAAAAUGCAAACUAAAUAUAAACAUGAGAUCUGUUUCUUGCCAGUUACAUUAUUUUUGAAUCUUUUCAUUGCUUUAUCAUCAUUUGAUGUUGUUUUGUUCUAGUAUGCUUAAAUACAGAAAACCAUUCAAAACUGUA